UGAACUUCCUCGCCCACUCUGCACAGCUGGGCCCUUGGGCGCACGAGGAAGAGCCGGUAGGGCCCGCGGCCGCUGCCGCCACGCGGAGAAAAUGAUAAUCAAAGAUGCAAAGGGAGACUCUGAAACACCAUAAAUUGUGUGUGUACCUUCUGAGGGGGAACUCCCCUGACAAGUGAAACAACCCUGAUUAGUCACAUUUAAUGAGGAGGUGAGCUAAAAGUCUUGAGCUCCUCCUGCUAAGAAGGUGGCUUGAUCUUGAAACACCUGAUUUAAGGUGUGUGAGCCUCCCUUCCCAUCUUUGAUUACCGUUCACCGCAGCUGGUGACCGGCAAAGUGACCCAUCUGGCUCAAGGUCUCCUGGAAAGUGUUCCUCCUUGGGGAGUACACCCUGGUGAAGUUUUCUUACCUGUAAAAACGGCCUUUCUUGGGAAACCCUCAGCUGAGAUUUUGAAUCUCUCCUCCAGUAUGAACUUUGACCUUCUCUAGAAAGACUCAUCAUAGUAUGGGACAGGGGAGAACUGCACAUUGAAUCGGUGAUGCCAAAAAAAGCAAGUGUUUAAGUUCUGUGACAUCUGGUCUAAGACAAAAACUAAUUGAGCCGGGGAGUCACUGUGGCCCAGGCAGUUCCUUAGAGCAUCAGCAUGGGUAUCCGUGGACUAAUGAGCUACGUGGAAGAUCACAGCAGUCAAUUCUUCGUUGAUCUGAAGUUGAGGGACACCAAAAUUAUCAUUGACGGCUAUGCACUUUUCCAUCGACUGUGUUUUGAUUCAAAUGUGGACCUCCAGCACGGGGGAGACUAUGAUUCUUUUACCGAUGUUACUCAGAGAUUCUUUGAAUCACUCUUUGCUUGUAAAAUUCAUCCAUAUGUUGUAUUAGAUGGAGGCUGUGACGUUUCCGAUAAAAAACUCCUCACCUUAAAAGACAGAGCCCGGGAGAAGAUCCAGGUGGCACAUUCCCUUUCUGUUGGUGGGAGAGGAAAUCUACUGCCUUUACUCAUCCGUGAAGUAUUCAUUCAAGUCUUGAACAAGCUUCACGUAGACUUUGUCCAGUGCUUCUCAGAAGCCGACAGAGACAUUAUGACACUUGCUAACCAUUGGAAUUGUCCUGUAUUAACGAUGGAUAGUGAUUUUUGCAUUUUUGACCUGAAAGCUGGCUUUUGUCCUCUGAUUGGUUUUCAGUGGAAAAACCUGACUGUGAUUAAAGAUACACUUCACUACUAUAUCCCUGCCAGACGCUUCUCUGUAGAUAAGUUCUGCAGUCAUUUCAACAACAUGAAUAAAGCCCUGCUGCCUCUCUUUGCUGUGCUGUGUGGUAAUGACUACAUCAAUUUGCCUGCCCUGGAUACAGUCGUCAGUAGAAUGAGUCUCACCCCUGGAACCUCCAACACCAAAGGGAGAAAGCACCAGCGGAUUCUGGGACUCCUGAACUGGCUGUCUAAUUUUAAUGAGCCCGCUGAAGCCUUAAAUAAUUUUGUGAAGUGCCUGAAGACGAACGAUAGAGAAAUGGUUAGAGAGCUGCUUUGUGGUUCAAUGGAGGAAUACCAGCCAUCUCCAGUGAAGCUGCAGGAUUUCUUCCAGCAUGGUGCUUAUGUAUCUCCCUGUGCCACCAACCUGGGCUUACCCGAAUGGAUACAGCUGGCUUUGGCGAAAGGGCAACUUUCUCCUUUUGUUUGUGAUGCUUUGUCAUUACGGCGGACUAUUCUUCAGACACAGGUGGAGAACAUGCAGCGUCCAAGUGCCCACGUCGUCUCUGUGUCCAUUCGGAAAGUCAUAUAUGGGCUUCUUCAGAAUUCUUCUCCAGAUCUCAAUAAUGUGUCCCAGAGCACAGUGUCUAAACAACCAAUGGCUUUUAGUGAGGUAGAAAGGAUUGAUAAGAAUAUUGGAACAGUAGUUACUCAUGCAGUGAAGCUCCCAGAGGAAUAUCGGGAAUUAGGCAGAUUGACUGAGCUUUCUCUCUCUAAGCGCAAGAGUCUUCUGCUAGAAACCCUGAAAGUGAAAGAGGGUGUCUUGGACCCGCUCCCCGCGUCCUGGAAGCUGCCUGUCGCUGUCACUUGCUUUUGGUUGCAGUCCUUAGAAGCCAAAGCCACACUGCAUCAUGUGCAGGCUUUACUGAUGGGGAUGCUGUGUGGGCAGCUGCACAAGAUGACCCGUGAGCCUGAUAAUGAGGGAUUGCAUGUGGAUGGGGCUAAGCUGCUGUGUGACCAGUUUCUUAAAGUGAAAGAAAAUAAACUGCAAAGAAAAUUGAAUUUGGAUACAGCCCAUGUGUUCUGUCAGUGGCAGUGCUGCCUCCAGAUGGGAUUCUAUCUCAAUCAGCUUCUAUUGACACCUUUACCAGAGCCCGACCUCACGUGGCUCUACAGUGGGACUCUAGUCCAUGGGCUCUCUCAAGAACUUUCUGCUUCAUCCUCAGCAGAAAGCAUCCUGAGCGUGUGCCCGAGAGCGUGGCAGCUUUACAACCAGCUCUUCCAUGCCCUGAAAUCUGCUGUCCCUUCAGAAUGCCUUUCCCAGAAGGAAAAGUCAAAAACCAGAAAGAAGAAGCCAAGGAAGAGGGACGCCAGCCGGACGAAGCACCGAGUGGGCAUCUCCUUGGGAACCGGGUCCUUACAUGAUCACGUCAGCAACAGUUUUGGGCUCCUCACAGUAGAUGACUCUGAGGAUCACGGUCAGGGGCCGGAGCUGGAGUGAGUCCAGAAGUGUUUUCAGUCUCAUGGAUCGUGACUGUCCCAGUCGUUUCCUUCCAGAGAUCAGGCUUUCAGGUUUAUUCUCUAAAUCAAUCAUGCUGCAGGGAUUUCAGCACGCCCAUCACUUGGUAGUGCUCAGUCCAGUUCGAACUUGGGGAAGACGUCAAUGUGAAAUGAUAAUUACUUGAAAUCUCUCUUAUGGUCCCCUUUGUUUGGCUAAUAGUUAUAACAGAUUCUUGAACUGCAGCAGCUCUGGCUGUAUGUGGGUGUGGUGUGUGGGUGUGUAUAUGCAGGUAUGUAUAUUUUUAGAUGGACCAGACAUACAUAGAAGUGUGUAUGUAUACGCAUGUAUAUACAGAGAUUUUUUUUAAAGAUUUUAUAUUCUACCCAUCCUGUUAAAACCCCUAUAAUGUGUGUUUUGCCCCCGGGAAUGCUACAGUGUAGCCCUGGAACUGCCACAGAUUAACUGUUACAGGGAGCCAGGUAAUUGCUAUUUCUAAAAUUAUUUAUUUUUAUAAUGCUUUUUAUAUGUUUUCAUAUGCAAUUUACACUAAAAAUAAAAUUUCAUGGCCUAAAACCAGAAUGGUUUGGUCAUGUGUGUUUUGUUACGGCUAGAGCAUCCCACGCACCUCCCUUGUACCUGUGUUGUAAUCAUUAGAUCGUGGAGAAAGUAACGCAGGGACUGCACCAUGGAAGAGAGCACACUCUUCAGGGAAAGGUUUUCAGUCUAGCAGGCUCUGAAUUUUCAAAGAGCAAUUUUCAUCUGACUCCAACUUUCGCCUUAAGCUCUUAGCUCUGGACCUGCUGCAUGAGUGUUUUUUUGGCAUGAGAUUAUCUAUAAAUUAAUAUCAUUGCUGGUAAUGCAUUUGAAAAUGGAUUAAGGUGUUUAUCUGUGAACUAGGUCUGAGGUAAUAACGAUUUAGUCUUUUUGGAAGUGGGAAACACAACAAGCUGAUGUGAAAAUGAAGAGGGCGGGAGCUUUGGGACAGACAGCUAUUGGUGUUUUUUAAAUAGUCUCUAGAUAAACAUGUUCCUUGAAGCCUUACAUGCAAAUUUAUGUUUCUUAAUUGGUCAUGAAACUGUUUUCAUAAUUUUAUACAUUAUUCAUUUUGGCUUUACUCACUAAGGAAUUUAAGUUAUUUAAUGAUUAUCACUGGCAUUUAAAUACUUGGUCAUUAUUCAUUCAUAAGCUACUGGGAAUUUGGGAGAAGUAUAAUAAAACAGAAAAGGCUAAACAGCAUAGCAGGCAUUCAUUAGUAUAAAUAAAAGCACAAUCGGAUCCAUGGAAAGGAGAGAAGAGAGAGAUUACACACGCAAGGAUGUGGGAAGUUAUUUACUGAGGGUAAGGUGUGGUUGACAGCAGCCUCUUAUAGGUCACUCUGAUAAGUAAUCACUCUCAAGCCAUCGUCUGUCUAGGAGCACUAACCAAAUUAGUGCAUGAAAUGUAGGCCUUAAUUGGUUGUCUAGUUAUUUGCUUCCUAUUGGCACGAUUUUGUAAAAAAAUCUCACUACCAGGGACGAGAGAACUGAAAGAAGGAUGUUAAAUGUUUUGUUGUAUGUCUACAGUUAAACUAUUCUAAUAAUUUUU